AUGCCGUUGCAGGUUUCUCCAUCAUCUUCGGUCUCUCCUGUGAAUUUGAGUGGAGAGGAAGGGUCUGUCAACGAUGCUGAGAGUUUGGAGUCUUCCAUGUCUACGAAGUCCGUUCAGUUUGAGGAUAUCGAUGAUCCUUUGCAGACUGCCCUGAUAAGCACAACAGAAAUGUAUGAUAGCAUGUUCAUGGAUGACUCUACCAUGUAUCAUGAGUAUCACCUGUCGAGCCGUAGUGGAUAUACGUUCCAAGAGUUGCGUUACUUGGAUGAAUACAUGGUAGACAGUAGCUACAGCGGCACCGACUCCAACGUAACGUUGACAGACUCUAGAACGCAGGCUGACUCAACAGAAGUUUCUGCUCCGAUGGCUGGAACUCCAAUAGAUCUGAUAAAUUUUUCCACCUUAUUGUCGUCGGAAUUAGCUGAAGCUGCUCAAAAUCAAGACUCAAGUGAAACAGGUACCGUGAUGGCCAGAAAUACAUCGGGUAGUUCAACAACUGGUGGCAAAACUAGCUCGUCCUCGUUUGCAAAACUUUCCGAUGAAGAUAGUAACACUUGUGAAAAACUACUAGGCGGAAAGGACAGGGACAACGAUAAAGGCAGUAACGCUUUAACCACUUCAUGCGUUGACUCUGGUAUAGGAGGUACAAUCUCGACGCAUAGCGAGUUGAGCGCUUUCUGCUUGUCACCUCAGCCCUUAGCCGAGUCGUCCUGCCCGCAGCAAUCUAAAUUGGCAUAUAAUGUAGAAGAGCAAUUAAAGAGUACUCACGACUCUGCUCCGGGCUCAUUUGAUGAUGACGUAGUAUCAUUUCUUGAUCUUCCAUUGGAUAGUCCCAGCGAUCACAUUGGUGAUGAAUUUUUCGUCUCAAAAUUUGUUCUUGCAGAGCAAGUCUUCAGGUGAGG